UCAAAUUUUGAUUUGUAUCUAUAAAUGAAAUCACCCCCUCAUAACACAUAUACUCCAUCAUACAUGUUUAGCAAAUGGAGAUGGUAGUUCAAAGGAUUUUUCUUAUAGUAAUUUUGGGUUUGUUUACGUUAAUCCCAAAUUAUGCAGCAAUACCUUCAACAACACAAAGAUUGAUCAAUAAGGUUAACAAAGAUGGGCCUUAUCUUGGAAUUGUGAUUCCAAACAUGUUUGAGAUGAAUCCUCUUCUUCAACACUCCCAUUUCCAAUCCACUAAUACCAUUGAUUUUGCAGGUAAGAGAUUCCGAUUUGGAACCAUACAUGAACAACAAGUUGUACUAGUCAUGACUGGCCUAGCCAUGAUAAACGCUGGCGUGACGACACAGCUACUGUUAAGCUUGUUCAACACAAAAGGAGUGGUGCACUAUGGCAUAGCUGGGAAUGCAAAUUCAUCUAUGAAUAUAGGAGAUGUCACAAUUCCUCAAUUUUUGGCACAUACAGCCCUCUGGAAUUGGCAGAGAUAUGGAGAUGGGCCAGAUGAUGAACUAGCCCUCGAACUCAAUGGAGACUACACAAGAAAUAUUGGGUACUUAAAUUUUGCAAAUUAUUCCACAAAUGUUGGUAAUUGCAGCUCCGGCGACAAUCUUUUAAACAAUGUCUGGUAUCAACCGGAAGAAAUUUUUCCGGUCGACGGGGUGCCGGAGCAACGGCAACAUGCAUUUUGGGUCCCUAUAGAUUCGUACUACCUCGAAAUCUCCAAGAAGUUAGAGGGUCUAGAAUUGGAGAAAUGUGUGAAUUCAACAACGUGUUUGUCUAUAACUCCAAAAGUGGCGAUUGUUUCAAAGGGUGCAAGUGCCAAUAUUUUCUUGGACAAUGCUUCAUAUAGAGAUUUUUUGUAUAAUAAAUUUGGAAUUAGCCUCGUGGACAUGGAGAGUGCCGCCGUGGCAUUGGUGUGCCAACAGCAGAGGGUUCCUUAUGUCGUUUUCCGGGCACUUUCCGACCUCGCUGGGGGUGGCUCAGCCGAGUCGAACGAGGCUUCCGUCUUCGCAUCGCUCGCGGCGAACAACUCGGUUGCAGUGGUGGUGGAGUUCGUUAGGAUAUUGGCUAGUAUGGAGAGGGAAUGGCAAAGUCUAAAUAUGUGAUCACUAUUUUCUUGUCACGUUAUUUAGGUCUAUAUGAUGUGAAAGUGACAAAAUUUAAAUGAUCUAUUAAACUUAGUAGUCGUUAUUGGGCUUCAUUCUCUAAGCCCAAUAUAAAAAGUUACAUAU